UUCAUCACGAUAGAAUAAAAAGCUGUCAUCCUAAUUCUCUAUAUCCGAAAACUGAUUACUCACUGAUCUCUCAAAACUAGACCUAUAAUGAAGCUACUAGAUUGGAUGCAGCACAAGUUCAGGCAGACAAACAAUGAGCCACUAACAGAAUUUCCUCCGAGAAACAUUUGUUCAUAUCUCACAAGACAGCCGUCAUUUGAUGACCUACAAUACUAUCCUAAAUCACAUUCUUAUGCUAAGGCUCCAAGCAACACACAAAGAGAGAAACAGUUCCGUAAGUCAUUUGCAUGCAUAGAGACUGCACGAGUGGAUAAUCAGCAGGCAGAAGAAGAAUCAACUGCUGCCUUCUCAGAAAUCUUUCAUGGAUUUCUAGCAAUUGGGACUCUAGCCACUGAAAAUGUCACCAUUGAACCAGUAACACCAACAUUUGGUACCUCUAUCGAGAACAAUAUGGGAAGACAAAAUGAAGCAACAGAGAAUGAGCUGAAGUUCAUCAAUGAUGGGUUGGAGGAGGUUCUAGAACCUGAAGAAGAGGAUGAUGGAGCUGAAAACGAUACAAAUGAGAAAAUUGUUUGUCGACUCCAGGACUAUCUCUUUGAUUCAGUAAUUGGAAUGCCAGAAACAGAAACGGAAACGAAGAAACGUAGAACAUCACUUGAAGAGCUGUUCCGGAGAACUAAGGUGGCAGAAGAGAUGGCAGAAGCCAAAAGCAACAAACUUGAAAAGAAAAAGGAUAAAGAAACUGAAAAAUCUGCUUUCAACUUGAUGAAAAAGAUACUUAAAGGAAAAACAUUUCAUUUGUCCUCUAGUCGCUCCACAGCAGAUAAAAAACCUCGCAAGAUACUACAGCUGUUCCACAAAAAAAUUCACCCUGAAGGCCGGCCUGAUGUACUCAAGUCUGAAGAUCACUAUAAACAUGUUACUAAUGAAGAGUAUAACAAAAAUCAAUCACUUUCUGAAGAUAUCAUACUAUUUCCUAAAAUGGAUACUUAUAAAAAGGGUCCAAACUGCAUUAAAAGCUCCAUGGCCCACUUUGCGUGUUGUAUGAGUGAUUCAGACGGGAACAAAGAAUGUUGGAUCAAAUCAGAUUCAGAGUACCUGGUAUUGGAACUGUAGAAGACAAAAAAAAAAGUGGAAGAAGCAUGUGACGUUUUGGCGUUUUGCUUCGUUCACAUUGAUCUGGAAGAGGUAUGUUAUUGUAUGAGUUCUCCUAUUGACAAUGUUAAAUAUUUAAUAGCGAUGUAUUAAUGUUCGUGAAGCUGGAAAGAAUCAAAUGGUGCCUCGUUAUCCAAUGUUAUGCAUAAACCUUAGUUUGUAUGUCGUGGGAUUUUUCUUUAGUGAUGAUCAAUAUAUUCUUGCAUUUUAGCUUUGUUUUA